ACCGGGGCUCCAAUCUCUUUCGCGCUCGCGCGUCUUUUCGGGCCUUACCCCUUUGCGUCCUUCUCCUACCGGUGGACCCCUCGGCUGUCGUCGUGGCCUUCCCGUUUGUUGUUGUUGUAAACAAGUAUCGUUGAAUGUCAGUUACGUCGAAGGUUUUUGCAAGUUUGGAUGUUUUAUUAUCAAUUAUACAAACAUAUAGCGGACCGCGGACGCCGAAGCCCAGGGCCCCUUGGCCUUUUCUGAACCCGCGAAAGUGCACACAACAAAUAAAUCACUUAAUUAGCAUUUCGAUUCAUCGGUCACCGGGAGUGCGCUCCGACUCCAGACGAAAAAUUCACAACAAUGCCGUCGCGUCAAGCGCCCCUAUUGUGACAGUUCUGUGACGGUAGUGUUCUACGACGCGUCGCGCCCAAAGUGUGUCUCCUCCCUAGGUCAACAAACUAGUGUCAAGUGCAAAACCGCAACAAGCCCCGAUUGUGUCACGUGUGAGUGCUGCCAGAGGAAAAAAAUAUUAAAAAGUGACAAGCCCCUUGUUCUGCUGACGAGUGUCGCACCCCUACAAGAUUGUAAUUUACCAAUAAAUAUCACCACCACCGGCAAACGCCCCCAGCUGCAGCUGUCAAAUCGGAUCAAGCGACAUCUUCGCAAAUCGGACGUAUCAAGCUCGGAUUCGGAGCGGACAACAGCACCAGCAAAAAAAAAACCGUGACACGCCAUCAAACGCCAACGCGAAGAGGAUUUGUCACCUCUCUCGGCAACCACGGCGGCCUCGUCGGAUUACUUUGGCCACAAAAUGAUGGAUCGGAUACCGUCGCUGUCGAUACCGGGCCUGUCGCUGUCCCAUCCGCUGUCGAUACCGACCUCGCAAGCUCUCACGAAUCAAUCAUCGCACGCGGCGCUCAACUCGCUGAAUCUGCACACGCAAAACCUGCACGGCGUUGCGUCAUCUGUGAACGCCCUGCACGGUUCACACGGGAUUGGUGGCGGUGGAGGAGGGGGUGGUGGGAGUUCGGGUGGGAGUGCGGGAGGUGGAAGUAGUGGCGGGAAUGUGGGGAGCCUUGGGGGGAUAUCGGUCAGUGGAGCAGGUUCCGGAGGACACGUCACGACGACGGCACAGGCCGUGGCCGCGGCCGCAAAUCUGCACCAGAACGUCGGCGGGCUGCUCAACGGAGGCGCGAAUGGCAAUGGUUCGCCCUAUUAUUACAGCCUCCUGGGGCAGACGAUGAUGAAGAAGCCAGCGGAGGAGCACAUCAAGCGGCCGAUGAACGCGUUCAUGGUCUGGUCCCGGCUGCAGCGCCGGAAGAUCGCCCAGGACAACCCGAAAAUGCACAACUCGGAGAUCUCCAAGCGGUUGGGAGCCGAAUGGAAGCUGCUGACGGAGGACGAAAAGCGGCCCUUCAUCGACGAGGCCAAACGGUUGCGGGCGAUGCACAUGAAGGAACACCCGGACUACAAGUACCGGCCGCGGCGGAAACCGAAACCGAUCCGACGGGACGGCUACCCCUACCCGAUGACCUAUCCGUCCGUGCCGGUGGACGCGCUGCGGGCAGGUGAGUGGAGUAUCACACCCAGCUACUUCGCACCAGGUGCUCCGUACCACUUAGGAAGUCAUUUGUCACAAACUAGUCCUCCCACGACCCAGUCCUCCAUCACAUCCCAGAUGGAUGUGUCCAAGUUUGCGCUGGACCGGAGCGCCUACCUGAACACGGCCGCCGCCGGUGCCCUGUACGAUUCGACCAAGUCGCAGACGAACCCGUACAGCGCCUACCUCGACCCGACCACCGUCCUCACGAAGGCCUACUUCGACUCGAAGAUGUACCAGGACCGGGCCCAGGCCGCCGCCAACUACGCGUUCGACAUCUCGAAGAUUUACGGCUCCAGCUCGAGCCUGCAGCAGCAGCAUCAACAGCAGCAGCAGCAGCAACACCAGCAACAGCAACAACAGUCCGGUCAACAGGGUGGCCAUCAGGGACAUCAGCUGCACCACCAGCACCAGCUGAGCAACGGCGAUGAUCGCGAACCGACGCCCCAGCUGAGCGACGUCAACGUGGACAUUAAACCGCAGCUGGGCGAACCCGUGGACAGUUCUCCGCUGCACAGCAAUAGCUACGGUGCGAACAACCUGCUCGGGGGAAGUUCCGCCGGGUUGUACCAGUACGCUGGGGCGGGGCAAUCCCUCGGUGGGUCCGGGGGUUCAACCGCCGGUUCAGGUGGAACCGGUGACUACCGGAGACCGCUGACGGUCAUAUUUUGACCAAACUCCGAAGUGAUGGACGACAGAGAUUAUUGAACACAUUUAGGGCUUAACAAAUCGAGAGAUCAACGAUAAGUAUUGCUGUUUAGAGUAUUAAGUGUUAUAUUCUUUCAUUGGAAACGAACCACACACACACACACGCGCGUGCACGUGUCCUUUUCGGCAGAGUUUUUAACUCCGUAGAACAGCAGAGACGCAAACCUCAAGCAUUAUCCAGCGUAGUUCACCAAACACACACAGUAGGCGCAAGCGUUUUAAACAUUAUACCAGUUUGUAGCAACGAGAGAACACAUUUUAGAUCAGUUUAAGGUUGCAUACGAAACGUUAACAACGCUUAAGGACACGCAGGCAGGCACGUGAUUUAUGCUAAGGACUCCGUAGAACAGAUAAUGAUAAAAGUUGUAUAAAAUUUCAUCCAUGACAUAAAUUAUUACUCGUAGAACGGUAAGGUUAAAAUAUCUCACAUUGCAAAACGCUAGCGAAAAUAAUUAUGUUUAAUUUGAACAUUCUCAAAAAACAUUCACCAUAAACGAAUAUAAAAUCAACUGUUUUAACGAAACACAAAUAAGAAAAAAAUACUGUACGUACUAAGUAGAAAUUUAAACACCCGCGCUUGUGUGCAAGUUGCACUCAGGACAAAAUUUGAGGGUUAAGCAUUCAUACACCACACAUGCAACGUGAAACUGUAAAGGUAAUCGAAAGUUGUUGAAUUAUUUCCCCCUUUCCACUCCCUCACCAACUCUCUGUAUAGAUUUUCCAAGACAAGGAAUUACUCAAAUUGUAGCAUCUCUAUCUCUCAGUAAGAAGGUAAUGGAAAAAAAACGAACAUUUGCUUGAUUGAGCAUAAUAAAAAGUAAGAU